AUGUUUAACUCUGUGUUGCUGUCACAGAACUCCUGGAAGCAGAGGGAGAAGCAGGAGGAUGAAAUGCUUCUCAAACUUCAAGCCAACAAGGAGAGCAGCACUAGUCUGGACUACAAUUCCCAGAAUCCCCUAGGAGUGAUCACAGAUGUUUCCCCCGUGACCUCUGUGACCCCUGUGACCUCUGUGACCCUGUCACCAAAGUUCUUCCCACAGAUUAAGAACGUUUGGGCUUCAGUAAAACUAGGAUGCACUUUGGAACUGAAGGUCAUCGCUCCACAGCUGUGGAACGUGGAGUACAACCCAAAGAGAGACAAGCAGCUCUUCAUGAGGAUCCGGGAGCCGAAAGCCACGAUCCUGAUCCACAAAUGCGGAACCUUGGUCGUCUCCGGAGCCAACAGUCUGGAGAAUUCCCGAGUGGCGGCCCGAAGGUGCGCCCGCAAAAUCCAGAAGCUGGGCCUUCCCGUCCGCUUCCUGGACUUCCGGAUCGUCAACAUGAUGGGGACUUGUUCCGUGUUCCCGGUGAAACUGGAGCAGAUAGCCCUCCAUCAUGCCUGCAGUUAUGAACCGGAGCUGUUUCCUGGUCUCCACUUCAAGUGUUUCCCCGGGGUCUCCGUCACCAUCUUUGCGAUGGGGAGCGUUACGAUGACGGGAGCUAAAAGCGGGGCCCAGAUGAACUCGCUGCUGGAGACCCUCGUCCAGAUCCUGAUCCCCUUCAGGAGAAAUUGA